AUGGGGACCUCGGCUGGGGCCCUGUCCUCCCUCCUGCUGGGAAUGCUGCUCACAUCGACCCCCGGGGCCCUGGGUGCCAACCCUGGCCUGGUUGCCAGGAUCACCGACAAGGGCUUGGAAUAUGUGGCCCAAGAGGAGCUGGUGACUCUGCAGAGUAAACUGCAUGAUAUCACACUGCCCGACUUCAGUGGGGACGCCAAGGUCAAACACAUCGGCAAUGUGUACUAUGAAUUCCACAGCCUGGACAUCCACAGCUGUGAGCUGCUCGGCUCUGCUCUGAAGCCCCUCCCCAGCCACGGCCUGCAUUUCUCCGUCUCCGACUCUUUCAUCAGAGUCAAGGGCAAGUGGAAGGUGCGCAAGUGGAUACUGAAACUAGACGGCUCCUUUGACGUGAAGGUCAAGGGCAUCACCAUUUCAGUCAAUCUUCUCUUGGGCAGCGAGCCCUCUGGGAGACCCAAGGUCGCUGUUUCUAGCUGCAGCAGCCGCAUCCGUGAUGUGGAGGUGCACAUGUCGGGAGAUUUGGGGUGGCUGCUGAAUCUCUUCCAACAUCAGAUCGAGUACAAGUUCCAAAGAGUAUUGGAGAGCAAGAUUUGCAAAAUAAUCCAGGACUCGGUGACCUCUGACCUACAGCCUUAUCUCCAAACUCUGCCAGUCACCACGGAGUUGGACGUUUUCGCUGGGAUUGAUUACAGCUUAAUGGAGGCCCCUCAGGCAACAGCGGAAAUACUGGACGUGAUGCUUAAGGGUGAAAUUUUUAGCCGUGAUCACCGCUCCCCAGUUGCCUUCCUUGCUCCUGUCAUGAGCCUUCCUGAAGAACACAGCCGAAUGGUCUACUUUGCCAUCUCUAAUUAUGCCUUCAACACCGCCAGCCUAGUUUAUCACAAAGUGGGAUACCUGAACUUUUCCAUCACAGAUGACAUGGUUCCGCCUACUUCUAACAUCCGACUGACCACCAAGUCCUUCCGUGCCUUCUUCCCCCGGUUAGCCAGACUGUACCCCAACAUGAACUUAGAGCUCCAAGGCACAGUGGUCUCUGCCCCGUUCCUGAACUUCAGCCCUGGGAAUCUGUCCUCAGCUGCCCAGUUGGAGAUUGAGGCCUUUGUUCUCCUGCCUAACUCCGUCAAGGAGCCUGUCUUCCGGCUGGGUGUGGCCACUAAUGUGUCUGUCAUGUUGACCUUCAACACCAGCAAGAUCACUGGAUUCCUGAAGCCAGCAAAGAUGCAAGUGGAACUGAAAGAAUCUAAAGUUGGAGUAUUCAAUGUGGAGCUGUUGGAGGCGCUGCUCAAUUACUACCUUCUCAACACCUUCUACCCCAAGGUCAAUGAUAAGUUGGCAGAAGGCUUCCCCCUCCCUCUGCUAAAGCGUAUUCAGCUCUACGACCCUGUUCUCCAGAUCCACAAGAAGUGGCACCUCUAUGGGGGCAGGAGGGAUUUGAUACAACCUGUGUCACAAUUUUCCACCCCCCUCCGCCCCGCUCCCCGGCCGUGGGUGACCUGGGAGAACCUCAAGACCAGCUCGUUUUAAAAAUAUAGCAAUCCUAGCCAUGCCUACAGCUCAGGUUCUGAAAGCCAUUAGUAAGUGUUUAAAAUUUCUUCUAAUUUCUUGGGAAUUCCCUGGUGGCCCAGGGGUUAGGACUCGGCACUUUCACUGCUGAGGGCCCGGGUUCAAUCCCUGGUCUGGGAACUGAGAUCCCACAAGCUGUGUGGUGAGGCCAAAAUUAAUUAAUUAAUUAAAUAAAAUAAAAUUUCUUCUAAUUUCUUAAGUGGAAGAGCCUGAUGUAUUAAGAGAUACAUGUUUGGUGUGCCGUCCCUCAUAGACUCAUUGCCCCACCACACUCAUAGCUUGACUUCUGGGGUACUUCCUUCCAGCCUUUUGUCUCCUCCAAGCAUUUUUUGAAAUUGUUUUCUUGCUCUGGAGAGUUGCCUUGCUAGCUCUCAGACCUGUUUUCUUUCUUUUCUUUUGGUUGCAAUCUAGUCUCCCUUCCCCCCACCAAUGUUAAAUUCUGUCCCAAGCAUGCAAGGGACCAUAA